GCUGGUAGAUAUGCUAUCCGCUUGCAGAAGAAGGUGUCUAUCAAAAGUAUCAGGCGAUAAAUAAUCUUGUUUAUGGUUUAUUUUUAUAUGAUAUUGAGGAGAGGACUGGUCCUCCAGCGCGAUGUUUCAGCCCGUUCUGUACUUCCCCGAGGUGGUGCAGAUGCAGCGCAGCCAGGAGGAGGAGGAGUAUGAAGAAGUGAGAGUGCCGGGGUGUGAAGUGAAAACGGAGCAGUGUGAGACCUGCAUAGACGGCAUUGACGUGCUUGUAAAAGAUGAACCGGAGGAGCAGACUUUGUCUGAGGAAACACCAAGUACACCAGCACUAAGCACUGAGAUUGGCGAAGAAACCAUCAGUCGCAGUUUUCAGAAUGUCAUCUUUUCAGCACAGAUAAGUGAACAAGAGAAAAAGUGUUACCCCUGUUCCUUUUGUGAGAAGCGUUUCUCUAGGCCACAGUUUCUAAAAACUCACCUAAGAACACAUACUGGAGAAAAGCCUUACCUCUGCACAGUGUGUGGGAAGACUUUUUCUCACCAGGCGUCAUUAACAGGUCAUCUGAGAACACAUACAGGAGAGAAGCCCUACCAGUGCUUUCAAUGUGGGAAGAGCUUUUCCCUGUCAGGUUCAUUAAAAUUACACGAAAGAAUACAUACUGGAGAGAAGCCUUAUCAUUGCUUUGAGUGCGGGAAGAGUUUUUCGAGGCAAGAAUUUCUGAAAAAACAUCAACGAAUGCAUUCUGGAGAGAAACCCUUUAGUUGUGCUGAGUGUGGCAAGCGAUUUUCACAUCCAAGCUCACUGAAAGAUCAUGAGGGACUACACACUGGAGAGAAACCCUACAGCUGUUCUGAUUGCGGUAGGAAAUUUUCUCAUCCGAGCUCACUCAAGGUCCAUGAGCGGAUACACACUGGAGAAAAGCCUUAUCACUGCAUUCAGUGCGGAAAAAGUUUCUCUCAUCUUCCAUCCCUAAAAAUUCAUGUCAGAAUUCAUACGGGAGAAAAGCCUUACAUUUGCCCUCAGUGUGGAAAAGGUUUCUCUCAUGCGGGCUUGUUGAAAAGCCACCAGAGGAUGCACACAGGAGAGAAGCCGUACCACUGCUCCCACUGCGGGAAGAGCUUUUCUCAGUCAAGUGCUUUGAAAGUUCACCAGAGGAUACAUACUGGAGAGAAGCCUUACCAGUGCACUCAGUGUGAGAAGAGUUUUUCACAUCCAGGCUCUUUAAAAGUUCACGAGAGAAAACAUACUGGAGAGAGACCUUACGAAUGUGAACAGUGUGGGAAGACAUUUCUCAGAGCAGGCUACUUAAAAGAACACCUGAAACGACACGCUGCUCAGAAACAAACUGUUGAAUACUGAAGUGCUCUUCUUCAUAUAGCGAUUGAAAAGCUUAUUUUUGAAGAGCUGCGGUUUUGCCUGUGGACUGCUAUUGCAGUUAGAACUGUCUCAUAAAGCAUUAAAAGAAUUGAUAGCAAUAAUAUGUAUUGAAAGCUUAUUUUCAAAAGUUUUGCAUAGUGUGUUCAUUUUUAUCAUCAUCAUUAUCAUUUAGAAAAACAAAAUCAUUCUAAAAUUCUGACUUUAUUAAUGGCAUUAUGAAAAGAUGUGUGUUGUUAAAAAAUUGAAUUUAAAAGGUGUACCCAAUGGUAUAUUAUGGCAUAUGGCAUAGUUUGGUACAUGUAACUAACAUACCUUGAAUCUCACACCUUGUAUAAUCAUUUAAAAUAAAAUCUUCACUUAUUUAUAUUUUCUUCCCUUAUAUAUAACAAUGACCCAGCCGUCAUUCUAGCCCUAGUCCAAGAUGGUGAUGCUGUAACACACAGCAAUUGCAGGCACAGGCAAUUUCUGGGAGCAUGGUGCUUUUGUAGCCUUCAUAUACAGUUUUUGCCGUGACUGUGCAUGAGUAACACUGAGCAUGCACUUCAGGCUAUCAGGAUAACAGUACUAUUCAGUAACAUUUGUAACGGCUGCAAUAAUUGCAAAACAAAUUCAGCCUUUCCUGUGCAAUAAAUCAUGCAUUGCUAAUUAUAGUAUUCAUGAACCCAACAUACAACAAACAACAACUUGUUUUACUUCAGGGCCAAAUCACAGGGGUGUAAAUGGGUGUGUAAAGAUAGAGAUGUACUUCCUGUUUGUCUGUGUAGACAACCGGCUGCAUCAUGAACAUAACUUGCCACAUACUUUUCCGUGUGCAUUGCAGGUUAGUGGAGACUUCCACUAGAGCACAGAUCACAGAACAAUGACCAGAUUUCACACUGACUUUUAAAAUAUUCAGAUCUUAUUUCAGCAGUUUUGAUACUGCUGAAUGUCUGCACUGGCUCUAUUUUUAAUAUGUAUAUUUAUUGUGUAUUCAUGUAUAUUAAUUUCUGAGGAUGUGCACAAUCAGUGCAUCAAACAUUUGCAGGAUACGUGUGGCAGCCAUACGUGUAACACUACACUUAACUGUGCAUACAUGAAUAAUGAAUGUGUAGUUAACAGAAAGUAGAGCGUGAAACUUUACUGUUGUAGGGAUGUAAACUAGACUUGCUAAUAUAAAGUAGGGCUGCAACGAUUAGUCGAUAUAAUAGACAAGUCGAUUCUAAAAAUUUGUCAACUCCAAAUGUUUGUUGUCGACUAAUCAUCAAUUAGUAGCACUACACAAAUUACUGGGGAUAAAAACACGGUCUGCGCCUCUAUAAGUGCCCACUCACAACAGAUUACACAUUUCCUCACUAAAAAUCAGCACCUUCCACAUUCAAAGGACAAUAUCCUAGACAUUUGAAGGGCAUUAAAAACUCAUGAUCAGCUGUUUCUAUCGUUUUGAACCAAUAGUGAAAGUUAGAAACGAGAGCCGCAUCCACAGCAAGCAGAGAGGGAGGGAAUGGCAGAAAUAAGCGUUGACUAAUCAACUAAUCGGAAAAAUGAUCGGCCAAAAUAAUUAUUAGUUUCAGCCGUAAUAUAAAAAAGGGUUUAAUGCAGAACCAUGACAACUCAAUUUGGUAUUCAAAUACAUAAAUAUUUAGUACCUACAUUGUAGUUGGCUCAAAGGUCUCUAAAAUGGUCUUAUAUCACAGCAAAAAUAUAUAAAAAUAUUUUAAUAGUUUUAAAAUGUUAUAUAUAUAUAUUACAAAUCCAUUUUGAUUUUUGAUUAUAGUGUAGGAUCCACAUAUAUGACCUUGUUUCUGGAUGGAGUGGACAUUUCCUUUGGAAAUCAGUUCUCCAGUCCUGGUCCUGGACUCCGUCCACCACAGCCUGAUGAUUUACAUGCUCAAACACACUUGGAAAUUAACUGUCCCAGACAUUGGCUUUCCACAAAGCAGCGUUUCUAAGUUUAAUCAGAUAUCCUUUUACUUAAAUUAGUCCAAAAUGAAAAGACCUGAUGGACAUUGAGGCUGGUGAGUUCUUAACUUUGGACUAAAGGAGAAAUCCUGUUACACUCACUGGGAUCUUAAAACAGGAUUACUUUCAGUAAUCUACAUUUAAAACAAUUGGUUAAACUGGUCAGUGAAUCAUUAAUACCGAAACAGUGUUAUGACAUGAAGGAAAAUAUUUAUCAGUGAUAUGCGUCCUCUGUUUCACUCACUGUCAUCAGGAUUAACCACAUUUGCUCACCUGAUUGUAUAUAUUGUAUUGGUAUGACGUGAAGGUUGCAUUUCAUAAAUGUGUUUCUUUUUUUGAGUGUUAGUUUAUAUAUAGCAGAUUAGGACUCAAUGUACAUACAUACAUAACCAACGUAACAUUAGCUACAUUUGUAUGUAGUUAUAUACCUGUUUGUGUGUGAUGCAGGUAUAAAUGAGCUUUUUGAGUGUAUGUCAGUGUAAGCCUUGUAACUAGGAAUGGAUCUCAGUACUUGACACUACUCUGGGUUUCCAAAUUAUUUUUUUUACUGUACAGACUGAUUUCCUAAGUUUCUAAUUCACCAUGCACCAGCAGGUGGGUACAAUAAUGUAACGGUAAUUUCUUAGACAACUGUGAUAUGAAAUAUCUCAUUACUGAGACACUUACCAAUUGAGAUUUCUUAAUAGCAGUGAGGUCUACAUCACAAAAAUAACCCAUUUAUUUGAAUAUGAACCUAUGUGUGUGUGUGUUUAUAUGCAGUGUUGUAAUAGUAAAAUACUCUUUUGAAAAGAUUUUGUUUUAUUUGGGUACUACUUUGCCUUAAAACUCUAUGACCUGCAUGUACCUCUCUACCAUGAAUAGAUUUUAAAGUACUCUACCCUACAUGCAUCACUACUGUAUUCACCCCACCUUUUCUAAUUUGUCUCUGUUUUCUUUCUACUGUUUUUUAUUUAUUGAAUCAUGGAACUAUGUAAAAUAAAAUAAAAAUGCUGUUGUAUUAAAA